GAGCUGGGACGGCCACUUCUUCCCUCCCGGAACCCGGAGUUUUCGUGGCCGCAGCUUACGUCGGGUUUCUCGCACCUACGUCGAUCUCCGGCUGGGACGCGGGAGUAGGCGAAGCAGCGAUCUGCCGGCGGGCGCCGAGGCCAACCGCAUGGGUCUCCUCUCAGAACUGAAGGUCUCGGUGCCCUGGGGCCACAUUGCUGCCAAGGUCUGGGGCUCCCAGCAGGGGCACCCUGUGCUCUGUCUUCACGGAUGGCUGGAUAACGCCAACUCUUUCGACAGACUCAUCCCUCUUCUGCCUCAAACUUUUUACUAUAUCGCCAUGGAUUUUGGGGGCCACGGCCACUCCUCCCAUCACUAUCCCGGCUUCCCCUACCACCACCAGGACUUUGUCAAUGAGGUUCGCCGAGUGGCUGCAGCCCUGAGAUGGAAGCGAUUCUCCCUCAUGGCCCACAGCUUUGGUGGUGUCAUUGGUGGCAUGUUUUCCUGCAUCUUCCCCGAGAUGGUGGAUAAACUGAUCCUGCUGGACACCUCUCCCUUCUUUCUGGACUAUGUGGAGAUGAGCAACCUCCUGACUUACAAACGGCAAGGCAUUGAGCAUGUGCUUCAUGUAGAAGCCAAGCAGCAAAAGCCCCGCAAGGUCAUCAGCCCAGAGGAAAUGCUGCAGAGCUUUCUGAAGAACAACAGUCAAGUGGGCGAGGAGUGUGGGAAGCUCUUGCUGGAGAGAGGAACCACCAAGGUGGGAGAAGGUGUUGUGCUGAACCGAGACCGGAGACUGGGCCUGCCGGAGAAUAACUUUGACUUCAUCAGCCAGGAUCAGCUCGACUUUUUCUGCAGGAACAUCCAGGCCAGGGUCCUGUUAGUGAAGGCCACCCCCGGAUACCUCUACUUCAGGCAAGUCAAAGAAGCAAAGUUCAACGAAUCAAUGAAGAAGGUUUUCCAGUACUUGCAGUCGAACCUCAAGGAGCGCUACCACUAUGUGGAGGUGCCCGGCAGCCAUUACGUGCACAUGCAGGAGCCUCAGCUGGUGGCCAGAAUCAUCAGUGAGUUCUUGGAAAGCAAACCUGGCAUCCAGGCCCACCUAUAGGCCCUGGGACCGACCCUGGCAGCCUGAUGGCAUCAGCAAACACACUGGACACCUCCAUCCUGACCCAGAACCCCAGCCCAGGGCAGAAAAGGCAGCCGGGCCCCCCCCCCCAGACCACCCUAGAAAUGACCUGGGGCGCCUUCCACAACUCCACAAAUAAAGCCUACUCCUACA